AUGGCUGCAUCCCUGAGGGCUCUGGGAGGCCGUCUGUUGAGCACUUUUGCAGCUGCGUCAGGAGGUUCUCCGGACGACUCAGAGAUAAAUGACGACGAGGGUCUCGAGCUUCAAGUUCAGGAGAAAGAGGAUGUGGAGUUGGAUGUUCUGAACCUGAAGGGCAGGGAGGGCGAGGACUGGAAGCUGGAGGACGUGCGUGUGAACGAGGCCUCCAAGCCCGCCAGCCUGGCGUCGCCGCGCAGCGAUGUCAGCUCGGAGGCCGAGUCUGCCAAGUGGACACUAGUCUCGCGCCUCACCAGCCGUCUGGCUGAGGGGCAGCCACUGGCGCCGCCGAGCUCCUCUGGUCGCAGCACCCCUAGCAACCUGGAGCGGGCCGUGCUCCUGCUAGAGUCGGAGAAAGACCAUGACAGAGCACAGGCAGCGGUUGGUGCUUCAGCGGCAGCUGACGCCGGGCCCGGGGCCGGCAAAACACCGGUGAAGGCUGGAGAGGUGGUGGAGGGCGAAGAGGAGGCAACGCUGGACUUGACGGCCAGCCGGGCCUCCCUGCGGAAGGUGGCCACCAGCGCAGGGGACCUUGAUGGCGAUCCGGCAGUAGAGGAGGGCCCCCGCACGCCCCCCACCGGCGGGGGGCCCACCCGCAGCGGCAGCAUCAAGGCAGACACGCCCAGCAGCAGUGCAGGUGACAACGCCGCGGACCUGAUCCCUGACAGGGCGGCGCCAAUAGAGGUGCAAGAGCCCGGCCGGACCGAGAUGCAGUACUAUGCCACUUGCAUCAAUGCCCGCCUGCAAGGAGAUGAUGUGCUGCAUGGCGUGCUGCCCCUGCAGCCCACAGCUGCUGCCCUCAUUGCCGCUUGCAGAGACGGCAUCUUGCUCUGUAAACUGCUGAAUUCGUGCGUACCGGACUCUCUGGACGAGCGCGCGCUCAAUCUUCCUGCAGAUGCAUCCUCUCAGCUAGCACGGAGGGAGGCCCUGCAGAACAAUGCCUUGUGCAUCAACGCAGCGAAAGCCCUGGGGUGCAGCCUGGCUGAUGUCACACCAGAAGACAUCUUUGAGGGCAAGGAGGAGGCUGUGAGGAGCUGCAUAUGGCAAAUAAUCAGGCUAGGAGCCCUCAAGGAUGUGAGCGUCAAAUCAGUGCCGGAGACGGUAGUACUGCAGCGGCCGGGGGAGGAGAUGUCAGCGCUGCUUGAUGUGCCGGCAGAGCAGCUACUGCUGCGCUGGGUCGCGCACCACAUCGGCGCGGCCGGCCCUGCCUGGGAGGCCUGGCUUCCGCUGAAGGAUCUCGGACCUGACCUGGCCGACUCCACUGCGCUGUACUGCUUGCUAUCGCAGCUCGCUGCCCCCAAGCUGGACGCCGUCAGCCUGCAGGAGAAGGACCUGGUGGCGCGGGCGGAGACAGUGUUGACAGCGGCGCGGUCGUUGACUGACGAGGCGCUGCCGCCGGCGCGCGGCAUCGCAGAGGGCAAUGCGGACAUGGUGCUUGUGCUAUUAGCGGCGCUGUUCCGGGCCCGGCACGGCCUCGAACGCGCGGCCGCCGCUCUGGCCGGCCACAUGAGCCAGUUCGCGCAGUGGCUGGAAGAAUACGAUGAUUCGCGGGAGGAGCGCACGUUCCGGGUGUGGCUGCUGAGCCUGCUGCGGAACGAGGUGCACAUCCAGAACCUUACGGAGUCGCUGCGUGACGGCUAUGUGCUGCUGCGCGUGCUGGACACCAUCGCUGCCGGCUGCGUCGCCUGGUCCUCCGUGCACAAGCCCCCCUUCAAGCCCCUCCUCAAGCAGCCCAAGUCCAUCGAGAACUGCAACCAGGUGGUGCGCAUUGCGAGGCAGGUGCUGGCCCUGCCGCUGGUCAACAUCGGCGGCAUUGACAUCAUCAAUGGCCAGCACAAGCUGCUGCUCGCGAUCCUGUGGCAGCUCAUGCGCUACAACAUCCGAGGCCUGCUGCAGGCGGUGUCGUCCAAGGGGACAAAGAUAUCGGACGCUGAGCUGGACUUGGAGAUCCUGUCUUGGGCCAAUGCGCGCGUGGCGGCUGCCGGCAAGAAGCGCCGCAUCUCCUCCUUCCACGAUCGCUCCAUCGCAUCCGGCCUCUUCCUGGUGGAUCUGCUGGCGGCGGUGGAGCCGCGGUGCAUAGACCUGGCAAUGGUGACAGCGGGAGGAACGCCGCGAGAGAGGGAGCUCAACGCCAAGUAUGUGAUCAGCAUCGCGCGCAAGCUCGGCUGCUGCAUCUUCCUGCUCUGGGAGGACGUGGUGGAAGUUAACGCCAAGAUGGUGCUCGUGUUUGUGGCCUCCCUCAUGCUGCACACCGUCCAGCGCUCGCGCGACCCCUCCCCUGCCGGAUCCCCCAUCUCCGCCUGA